CAGACGGGAGCGAGCCCGGAGCGGAGCCGCGGACUCCGAGCCUCCGAGGAGCCACGGUGCAAGCCAGCCAGCCAGCCAGCAAGCAGCGAGCAGCCAGCCCCGCAGUUAGCUCCGUUCAGCCCGGGAGUCCCAGCCGCUUUCAAUGGAGGAGAAGUCCGCCCAGCCCCAGCCUCAGCCUCCACCUCAGCCGCAGCCGCCGCCGCCGCAGCCCCAGCACCAUCACAGCCACCACCACCCGCACCACCACCCGCAGCCGCCGCCGCCGCCGCAGCACCACCACCCCUACUACUUCUACAACCACAACCACCACCACCACCAUCACCACCACCACCACCAGCCGCACCAGUACCUGCAGCAUGGGGCGGACGGCAGCGCCAAGGCCCAGCCGCGGCCGCUGAGGCACGAGCCGAAGCACGCCCUCCAGCAGCACCAGGAAGCGCCCAAGAAGAAAGCAGGUUAUAGCGAGCUGAAUGGUAAUGCUGGAGACAGAGAAAUAACCUUAAAGAGCCUAAGUUCUGAGGAAUCUACCAACCCUCUUUCCAGGGUCCUCAAUGGCAACCAACAGGUUGUAGACACUAACCUGAAGCAGACUGUAAAGGCCAGCACCUUUGGAAAAGCAGGAAUUAAAACGCGGAAUUUUAUUCAGAAAACCAGUAUGGACAAAAAGAAUGGAAAAUCUUACGAAAAUAAAUUGGGAGAGAACCACCAGUCCGUAGACAAGACUGAUGCUGUCGCUAUUCCAAAUGGUGUUGUAACAAAUAAUUCUGGCUAUAUUACUAAUGGUUUCAUGGGCAAAGGAGCGGAUAAUGACGGCAGUGGAUCUGAGAGUGGAUAUACCACUCCAAAAAAACGGAAAGCUAGGCGCAAUAGUGCCAAGGGUUGUGAAAACCUUAAUUUAGUGCAGGACAAAAUAAUGCAACAAGAGACCAGCAUCCCACCCUUAAAACAGGGACUUGAAACUUUCAAGCCUGAUUGUAGUGAGCAAAAGGGAAAUCGAGUAGAUGGUCCAAAGCCCAUUUGGAAAUAUGAAACUGGGCCUGGAGGGACAAACAGAGGAAAACCUGCUAUGGGUGAUAUGCUACGGAAAAACUCUGAUAUGAAACCUGGUGUGAGCAGCAAAAAGUUUGAUGAUCGGCCCAAAGGAAAGCAUGCUUCUGUUACCUCCAAAGAGGACUCAUGGACCCUGUUUAAACCACCUCCAGUUUUUCCAGUGGACAAUAGCAGUGCUAAAAUUGUUCCUAAAAUAAGUUAUGCAAGUAAAGUUAAGGAGAACCUCAACAAAACAGUACAGAACUCAUCUGUGUCACCUUCAUCGUCAUCCUCUUCAUCAUCUACUGGGGAAACUCAGACCCAGUCUUCAAGUCGGUUGUCCCAGGUUCCUAUGUCAGCGCUGAAAUCUGUUACUUCAGCCAGCUUUUCUAAUGGGCCAGUUUUAGCAAGUUCUGAUGCAAGUGUGUAUUCUCCAGGGGGUCAGCCACUGCUAACUACUGCUGCUAAUACUCUAACACCCAUCUCUUCUGGAACUGAUUCAGUUCUCCAGGACAUGAGUCUGACUUCAGCAGCUGUUGAACAAAUUAAGUCUAGCCUUUUUAUCUACCCUUCAAAUAUGCAAACUGUAUUGUUAAGCAGUGCACAAGUGGAUCUGCCCUCACAGACAGAUCAGCAAAACCUGGGAGAUAUCUUCCAGAAUCAGUGGGGUUUAUCAUUUAUAAAUGAACCCAGUGCUGGCCCUGAGACUAUUAUUGGGAAGUCAUCUGAUCAUAAAGUGAUGGAGGUGACAUUUCAAGGGGAAUAUCCUGCCACUUUGGUUUCACAGGGUGCUGCUGAAAUAAUUCCCUCAGGAACUGAGCAUCCUGUGUUUCCCAAGGCUUAUGAGCUGGAAAAACGGACUAGUUCUCAAGUUCUGGGUAGCAUUCUAAAAUCUGGGACUACUAGUGAGAGUGGAGCCUUAUCCUUGGAACCCAGUCAUAUAGGUGACCUGCAAAAAGCAGACACCAGUAGUCAAGGUGCUUUAGUGUUUCUCUCAAAGGACUACGAGAUAGAAAAUCAAAAUCCUUUGGCCUCUCCUACGAACAUUUUGUUAGGCUCCUCCAAAGAACAGAGAUACCAGAGAGGCCUAGAAAGAAAUGAUAGCUGGGGUUCUUUUGACCUGAGGGCUGCUAUUGUAUAUCACACUAAAGAAAUGGAAUCUGUUUGGAAUUUGCAGAAGCAAGAUCCCGAAAGGAUAAUCACAUACAAUGAAGCCAUGGAUAGUCCAGAUCAAUGAAGGACCAGAUUGCCUAUUUGUAACCUUUCUGCAGCAUUAGAGCCACCACCGUUCAUGGGGGACACAAGGCUUUUAUGCUCCUAGAUCUUCAACGCAGCAGAGGAACCAUAAGUAGAAUCACAGGAUAAUAUAUACAAAUAUAUAUAUAUACAUAUACAUAUAUAUAUAUAUAGUUAUUUAAAAAAAAGGCAACUGAAAGUAAUUAGACUUCUUAAGGAAUCAAAUUUAUUUCAAGAGACUACACAAGGUUAUUUAAUCUCCGGUACUGAAUAGUUUUUUUUUUCCUUUUUUUUUUUUUUUUUUUUUUUUUUUGUUAGUUUUAUUUUUAAGUGUGAAUGCAAGUGAUUAAUGAAUACAGACUUAAGCGUGGUUCUAAAGUUCCUGCUGUCAUCAACUUGGGCAACAAUGACCCACUGGAAAGGCAAAUCCACUUAAAAGAUCUCUGAAUCUUGUCUGUGACUAAAGUGAUACACUAAUCACUGAGAACCCAAAACGAUUCAACAUUUCCCCUCUCCCCCAUUCUUCCUUUGAUCUUCUGGUUUUACUUUGAACCUUGCAAGAAUGCUGGAUAAAUGCCUUGAAGUUUGCAGGGUUUUCUUUUUCUAUUUUUUAAGCGGAUAUGAUUUGCAUGUCUUGCCAGAAGCAGCCUCUGUGGGGUAUUGGGGGAAUUUUUUUUUCUAUUUCUUUUCCUUCAUUUCUUUCUUUUUCUUUCUGUUGCUGCUGUUGGGAUUUUUGUUUAGUUAUAUUUUUUGGUUUUGGUGGGGUGGAGAUAGGGAAGGGAAUUGAAGUUCUACAGUUCUGGGAUAAUUGGUGGUACAGUAUUUGGCUUCGGUUGCGUAUUGGAUGUAGAACAAGCGAAGAAUCCAUGGUUAUUUAAAGAAAAGUUACAGAACAAGCAAUUGACUCUAGGCAUUCAAUAUGGAAAAAUAAUUGCGCCCAUAUUUUAAUGUAAUUGUGUAAGUGGGAGCAAAAACAUUCAUCUUUUCAAUUGUAGGUGCUCCAGAGUUGCUCUGUCACUAACACUAAAUGUGCUGUUUUCCUUGUUUUUCAUCAAAAAUUGAAAGAGAAGCAUAUACCUUUCUGUAGAUUCUUUAAUUUUUCAGAAAUAUGAAGAAGUUCAUGAAAAAUAUAAAGCUUUUAUGUUUUUAGCCAGUGAGAUCAUAAACCCUGCCUGUAGAAGGUGUUUUCAUGCAAGCUAUACUUCUGAGCUUAAUUAGCUUCUAAUUAUAUCUUAAUAAAUAUAUUUUAUUACUAGAGCAAAAUGGGGUUUUAAAGGAAAAUAAUGUGAAAUUCUGGAAAUUUUCUUUUGGGCAAAGAAGAGCAUUAUUAGCCCUGUCUUAUCAUCACAUUGCCAUCCUGUUGCACUGCAGCUUGUAUAUAGCAUGCUAAAAUUUUUUUUGUGUGUGCAGAACUAAGGGUCCAAUAUAAGAUUAGGUGAUGUUAGUGGCAUAAAAACAAGUUCUCUGGCCUGACAUAGCAUCACAUCACACACAGAAAUUAGUAUAUCCAUGUAUGUCAAAUACAGGUUAAAAUAGCAGGGCAUUUAUGUAGAGAGGUGUAGACUUCUAAUAAAAGUAGGCUUGCUCCCCUAGGUAUUUGGGGAGAAAGUAACUAUUUUUGCUCUACUCCUUUGCUUAAGAAAUGUCCAGUUUUGAGUGACUGUAGUAUGGAUGAGUUUUCUUGUUUUGUUAUUUGAGGCUUUUAACAAGUGGUUUGUGAAAGGAAGCUAUUGGAUUCAAUUUAGAAUAGAGAAAAUAUCUUUAUAGUUUGGAUUUCUGCCCUGCUUAGAUUUUAAAAGUAUAAGCAUGGAUUGCCAAUUCCACUUGAUGUAAACAAAACUUUUUUUAUACAUAAUAUAUAUAUAAAAUAACUUAUUGUAUCAGUCCAGGUUCAGAAACUUGUGGUAGGCCAGUUCCAGAUAGUUUUAUUUCACCUGUAAACUGUAUCACUUUUACUGAUAUUGUAAUUUUCAAAUGUAUAAUAUGUUUACAGAUGUGCCCUGCAUUUAGUCUGCCUUGUUCCUAUUUUGAUUUUUGUUGAGUCUCCCUCCUGCCUGCUUGCCAAAAGCUAGGAUGCUUCAGGCCCAUGUACAAUUGAAAGCAGAGGCAUCCUUGAGCUUUAAAGCAUUGAACAAACUGGAAAAUGCAGCAUACCACAUACUGAAGUGAAAAAAGUCUGUGUUUUGUGUUUUUUUUUUUUAAUAAAAAUUUUCAAAAAGUUUUAAAAAAAGAUAUAAGGUUGAUUAAAGGGAAAAAAAGGCUCCAGUUUGUUUUAUAGGUUUUAAAGUUCUGCUUGUGUGUUCGAUUGCCUUGUGUAACCACUUGUCGCCUUAGGGCCAGAUUUUACCCCCACCCCACCCCCAUUCUGACCCCUCCUUUUUAAAAAUGUUCAUUUUGCUUGCCUGGAAUUUUAAAGCUCUUCUGUCUCACAACUCACAAGAAACUUUCUGGGUUUGUGAUAUACAGAGGUUGAACAAAUAAUUGAAGAGGAAAGAAAGUUAGACCACUACCACACCACCACUAUCAUUGGGCUUUUUAUUUUAAAAAAUAUAUAUCUUUAGAAAGCUACCAUUGCUUUCUUACUUCUCUCCAUAUUCCUCAGGCCUCCAUGUUUAGAGAAGCCAAAAAGAGAAUGUAUUUCUUCUCUGUUUGUCCAAAGGUUUUUGAGAGUCACUUCUAAGAAAUGAAACAAUGCAACAUUUCACUUUGAUUUCUCCACUGAAAUUUUCUUAAUUUGGUAACAUAGAGGUAUGUUAUAAUUAGGAAUGUCUCUUAACCUUCUGGAGCCCCAUCAUAUUAACGGUCAGUAUUUUUUGGGCAUUGGGUUAUUGGACUUAAUUGCCUACAUACAAGCAGGACUUUGGGAAAAGUCUCCUUUGUGCUGUUUGGUUACACUUAAUUCUCUACUUGUUGAAAUCUUUCUCCUUAGGUCCUCACACAAUUCCUUACAGAGCACUUAUUAAAAACGAAUCUUAAGAGUU